UGAAGUGAGCUUUGUGCUCCAACAACAACCAUAUUUAUAUUUAUCGUCGGUACUGCGCCACCAUCCCUUUUCUCUUUCAUUUCAACACAAUCAAAAGCCACCCAACGAUCUCUGCUCAAUGGGAUCAAUCCCACACUAGUGUGUAUAUGCUGUACCAGGGUAGUGUUAGGACCUCCAUUGAGUUUCAUAAUGGAUGUGAAAUCUAGUGACCCGUCACCUCAACCUGCUGCCGUUCCCUCCGGUCAAGAUAAUGCCACUCAAAAUGCUCAGAGUGCAAAGGGGGUUUCUGGGGUUUUUGGAUCGUUUACGAAAGGUAUACUUAGCACAUCUCAGUCUGCAGUCAAGGCUGUGCAGGUCAAGGCUCGCCAUCUCGUCUCUCAAAACAAACGAAGAUACCAGGAGGGAGGUUUUGAUUUAGAUAUGACAUAUAUUACUGAAAAUAUAAUUGCUAUGGGUUUCCCGGCUGGAGAUAUAAGUUCUGGCUUUUUUGGAUAUGUUGAGGGAUUUUAUCGGAAUCAUAUGGAAGAAGUGAUCAGAUUUUUUGAAACUCAUCACAAGGGACAUUAUAAAGUGUACAAUCUUUGUUCAGAGAGGUUAUAUGAUGCAUCGCGAUUUGAGGGGAAGGCUGCAAGUUUCCCAUUUGAUGAUCAUAACUGCCCCCCAAUCCAACUUAUUGGAUCCUUCUGUCAAAGUGCUCAUUCAUGGUUAAAGGAGGACAUUGAAAAUGUUGUGGUUGUUCAUUGUAAAGCUGGUAUGGCAAGGACAGGAGUAAUGAUUUGUAGCCUUCUCCUAUACCUUAAGUUCUUUCCUACAGCUGAGGAGGCCAUGUAUUACUAUAACCAUAAAAGAUGUGUAGAUGGAAAGGCUCUGGUUCUUCCGAGUCAGAUUAGGUAUGUGAAAUAUUUUGACAUUAUCUUGAGAAACUUCAAUGGAGAAUGUCAUCCUCGAAGGUGCAUGCUCAGGGGAUUCCGGAUUCACAACUGCCCUUAUUGGAUUAGGCCCUCCAUUACAGUCUCUGACCAUAAUGGAAUUUUGUUCUCAUCAAGAAAGCAUCCAAAAACAAAAGAUCUAAUGCCAGAAGAUUUCUGGAUCAGUGCACGGAAGAAAGGGAUUGUCGUUUUCGCUCUACCAGGGGAGCCUGGUCUAGCAGAGCUAGUGGGGGAUUUCAAAAUCUAUUUCCAUGAACGCCACGGAGAUUUCUAUUGCUGGUUAAAUACAAUGACAGAAAACAACAGAAAGUUCUUAAACGCAGACGAUCUCGAUGGUUUUGAGAAGAGAAAAUUACCUUCUCCAAGAUUUCAGGUUGAAGUGAUCAUGAUAGAUUAUAAUGGUACUUCUCCUACAAUACCUAAAGCAGAUUCUUCAAAUAAGAAACCCGAUGGUAGCUCAAAUGAUGCCUCUGCUUCAAGUGGCGGUGAUGCAGCCAAUCUGAAUCAAAGAAAAAGAGAAGAUGGUGAUGAUGUAUUUUCAGAUAGUGAGGGAGAGGAGUCUGGGGAUAGAAAGAGCAGGCUAGCAGAAGCUAAUUCUAGAGCUGAGCUUACUGCGCCUGAUCACUCGUCCAAUACAACAGGAAAACAAAUGGAAACUUCAGCUCAAACUGUGGAUAGCCCACAGAAUGGUUCUUCUCACAAACAAACUUCUGAUGGGGCAGGAAAAUCUGGAGCAGAGGAUAUUAGGGCAAUAGCUGCUGAUGCUUCAGUUUUCUCUUUUGGGGAUGAAGAUUUUGACAGUGAAUGAUGCCAUUCAACCUGACUGAUGCUUGAAACUGUAUCAGAAACACUAGUGUACUUGAUAGAGUUUGGAACCUUCAUAGGAAUCAGAAGUUGGUUGAUCUGAUGUUAUUCAACAAAGGAACGAGAUGUUAAUUAAUUUACAAUCUCCUGCAAUCUCUCACAGUUUUGCAUCUCAAGAAAAUUUGCUAACUCUGAAA